UACAGGGGAUGACCAGAGACUGCGGACACAGUACAGGAGAUGACCAGAGACUGCGGACACAGUACAGGAGAUGACCAGAGACUGCGGAACACAGUACAGGAGAUGACCAGAGACUGCGGACACAGUACAGGAGAUGACCAGAGACUGCGGACACAGUACAGGAAAUGACCAGAGACUGCGGACACAGUACAGGAAAUGACCAGAGACUGCGGACACAGUACAGGAGAUGACCAGAGACUGCGGACACAGUACAGGGAUGACCAGAGACUGCGGACACAGUACAGGAGAUGACCAGAGACUGCGGACACAGUACAGG